AUGAAGUUCCAAAUCGCUCAGGUUCUUGCUAUCGCUAGCAUCGCUACUGCUCUCCCUACCAACUACGGCUCCGGCUCUGGCACCACCCCAGCUGCUCCCAUCACCACUGGAACUUCUCCCAGCUACGGAUCUGGCUCCAGCUCAGGCCCCAGCUACGACUCUGGUGCUUCCGAUGAGACUCCCAGUAGCGGCAGCGGUGGAAAGCCCAGCUACGGCGGCGGCAUCGGUGCCGGUCUUCCUGGACUCGGUGGCUCUGCUGGUGGCAAGGGCGGCCUCGGUGGCAUGAUCGGUGGCUUCAUGCCCGGCGGCGGCAAGCUCCCUGGCCUCGGUGGCUCUGCUGGUGGCAAGCUUCCUGGCAUCGGUGGUGGCCUUGCCAUUCCCGGCAUUGGCGGCGCUGCUGGUGCUGGAGGUGCUGCUGGUGGCAAGGGCGGACUCGGCGGCUUCGGUGGCCUCAUGGGCGGACUUGGCGGCGCUGGCAAGGGCGGACUCGGUGGCCUCGGCGGCCUCAUGGGCGGAAUCGGCGGUGGUGCUCACGGCGGUGCCAACGGCGGCGCUCACGGAGGUGCUGGUGCCGGUGUAGGAGGAGGAGCUGGUGCUGGUGUAGGAGGAGGAGCUGGUGCUGGUGUCGGUGGCUCCGUUGGCGGAGGUGCCCACGGCGGCGCUGGUGCUGGUGUUGGAGGAGGAGCUGGUGCCGGCGUCGGUGGCUCAGUCGGUGGUGGAGCAAACGGCUCUGUCGGCGGUGGUGCCAACGGCGGUGUUGGUGCUGGUGUCGGCGGUGGUGCAUCUGGAUCCGUCGGUGGAGGUGUAGGCGGCUCCGUUGGAGGUGGUGCCAACGGCGGCGCGGGUGCUGGUGUCGGUGGCUCUGUUGGAGGUGGUGCUUCCGGCUCUGUCGGAGGUGGCGCUAACGGAGGUGCUGGUGCUGGUGUCGGUGGCUCAGUCGGUGGUGGUGCUGGUGUUGGCGGUUCCGUCGGCGGUGGUGCCAACGGCGGUGUCGGUGCUGGUAUCGGUGGCGGUGCCCACGGUGGUGCUGGUGUUGGUGCUGGCGUCGGCGGCGGUGCUCACGGUGGUGCUGGUGCCGGUGUUGGUGGCUCUGUUGGAGGCGGUGUUCACGGCGGUGCUGGUGUCGGUGCCGGUGCUGGUGGUAACGCUGGUGCUGGUGUUGGCGGCUCUGUUGGUGGCGGUGCUUCCGGAUCUGUUGGCGGUGGUGCUGGUGCCGGUGCUGGUGGCUCUGGCUCAGUUGGAGGUGGUGCUUCCGGCGGUGCCUCUGGCUCUGUUGGAGGCGGUGCUUCCGGCUCUGGAUCUGGCUCCGGCUCCGGCUCCCACUACUAA